CUACGCCUGCGCCCUACCCCUAAGCCCUCAUUUCUGCUCUUGGAAGUCAACGCCUAUCCCUUCCAUCAGGAAUUGUUCCUAUCAUGGUCGACACGAGAGGUACAGACCCGUCUCUCGACGAGGCGGCCUCAUCUGAGUUGCCUGUUCCCUCCGUGACCGAUUCCGCCGCUCAUGUUUCCCCCAAAAUGUCUCACCCUCUCGAGGAAGAUGACGGUUCCCUCUCGCCGCCAGCUUCUAAGAAACGCCGUCUCGAAUCCGAGCCAGCUGACCUUUCACUACCACCUCCACCGACCACCUUAACUGCAGAUCAAGUACCGGGAAAUCAGAUUGAAGAAGAAUUGGCAUCUGCAUUAGGCUCUGGUGUUGUCGACCCUGUGGACCAUCCCGUGGACCGUCCUCUAGACACGCCCGCUCCCAUCGAAGGAUCUGCAGAAAGCGCGGUGCCACAACCAGAAAGCAGUGCUGAUAUUGAUUCGGACAUGGCUACUGUGAUUUCAAGUAUCAUGAAUCACGCAGAACGAGUGGAGGAACAAUGUGUGUUAGGCCAGCAGCAACUGGCGGAGACCUCCAGCGCGUCGCCUCCGAAGGGCAUGGUGUUUGUCAAAGCCAACUCACACCUGAAGAUUCAGAGUCUGCCCAUUCUUGACAAUUUGUCAACCCAGAUUCUGUCGCUGUUAGCCAAGUCCUCGUAUCAGGAAAUCACUUCCUUCGUUUCCGAACCCGAGACCGAGAGUGGCCAAGCCUAUGCGACCAUGCGGUCGCUGUUCGAUCAUACGAAAAAAGUCUACUCGAGCAAAAAGUCCUUCCUUUCGCCUACAGAGCUGGAGCUCACCGAAUCCUCCCAGAUCGAUAUUAUUCGCAAAGCCAAUCUAGCUUCCUUUGUUUCCAGUAUUUUUGGCACGCAGGAGAUCGGAUUUUCGGAACUCAACGAUAACUUCCUUGAUGUGUUUGUUCCCGAAGGUGGCCGUCUACUCAAGGUGCAGGGUGCCUUGUUCUUGGAACUUAAGACCCAGGCCUUCAUCGCAUCGAUGAACAAUUCGGAAAGAACCCGAACCGAGCUGCUUUACGACCUGUUUCCCGAUGAGCUGGAGCAACAGCUGCUUGAUCGGCGUCCAGGGACUCGUCAGCUGGCUCCAAGUGAAGCGGACUUUGUCAAGCGGGCCGGUUCGCGCCGUGACAUUCUGCUGAGCGACGUCAACAACGAGGAAGCCAUGAAGGCCUUGCCGGACAAGUACCACUGGGAGGAUUUUCUUCGGGACUUGAGCUCCUACAUCACCAAGAACUUCGAUACCAUCAGCAACCAACAGACGAAAAAGACCGCUAAGGGUCGACAACCAUCCUCGUCCGACGGAGACUCACAGCCGUCCAAUGCUCCUUUGCAGGGCCAAUUCCCCGUCUCAACCCAGCCACCUGAUGUUCCUGUUGACAGAAACAUGCACGGCGACUUGGUUGCGCGUGCGGCUCGUGCGGCGCAAAUUGCAUUGCAAGGCCACGGCUUGAGACGCUCCCAGCAGCAGCAGGCCCAACAGAACCAGCAACAGCAACCGUCGCAGCAGCAACCACAGCAGCACCAACAACAGCACCAACAACAGCAUCAGAUGCAUCAACCCCAGCAACUUCAGCAGCAACCUCCUCAGCAUGCGCCGCAGCAGGGGGGCCAGAUUCUGCAUGGCUAUUCUGCUGCCCAGCCCACGGGUCAGAUGCAGCAUCAGCAGACUCACCAGCAGCCGUAUCAUCAUAGUCCCGCUCCGUCCGGUUACCAGCAACCUCCUGGUCAACUAACUUUCCAGCAAAGCCCCCUGCAGGCCAACUUCCAGCAAUACAACCAUGUGACUCCUGCUUCGAUUCCGCGACCCAACUCAGCCGCAGCCAACCAUGGCUAUAUGCCGGGGAUACCACACUACUCGCAGUCUCAGCCGACUCAAGUACUCUACGAGCGCGCGCGCAUGGCGGCAUCUGCCAAGUCGUCGCCUAGCAGCCGCAAGUCUGGGUUGCCCAGCCAGCGUCGGCCGUGGACGACGGAGGAGGAGAACGCAUUGAUGGCCGGGCUGGACCGGGUCAAGGGCCCGCACUGGAGUCAGAUUCUUGCCAUGUUUGGCCCGGGAGGCACUAUCAGCGAAGCGCUGAAGGACCGCAACCAGGUUCAACUAAAGGACAAGGCGCGGAACUUGAAGCUGUUCUUCCUCAAAAGUGGCAUUGAAGUGCCGUAUUACCUUAAGUUUGUGACUGGAGAGCUAAAGACGCGUGCCCCCGCGCAGGCAGCCAAACGCGAGGCCCGCGAACGGCAGAAGAAGCAGGGAGAAGAGGACAAGGCACAUGUUGAAGGCAUCAAGGGCAUGAUGGCGCUUGCCGGUGCACAUGCGCAGCCGGUUGGCAUGACACACGGCCACGAUAUGUCGGCAUCGCCACUGCCACCAGAUGCUGGAGCGCAUGCGGCGUUUGACCAGACAGCCGAGCAGAACCUGAUGCAGACGCUGGGACAGGAGGUGCAUGGUGAAGCCUUUGGGCAGCAUCACCACCACCAUCAUCAUCACCAACAUCACCCGCAUCAUACCCACCAUCAAGACCAUGUUGAUCCCAAUAUGCAUCUUGGACAAUAAAGCGUCCGUCAUGGCUUGUGUCUAUGCUUCUGCUCAAUGUCUAUCUCAUUCUUCUUUGCUUUUUUUUCCACAUGUAUCAAAAUGCGUUCUAUGUUUCCUUUUGCGACAUCUAUUCUAGCGAUUAUGUUGAUUACCGAUGUGACUGUCCGGGGGAGUUGAUUGGGGGUCUCGAGGGUGCUUUGCUUGCUGGGGAGACGAAUGGCCAUGUAGAGUUGGGGCUGUGUACCAACAUUGUUCAUUUUUCGUAAUUGCGAG